GAAAGUUUUCGUUGGUGCUGGCUGUGCUUAGCUGUGAACGCUGUUAACAAAUAGAAAUAAAUAUACACACAAACGGCAAUAAAGAAAUUGUUGUUGAAGAAGAAGAAGAGCAGCAGCAGCAGAGCGGCCUUUAGUCAUUUUUUGAUUGCAAUUCCAGCGACGUGUGCGCAGUGAAGCGUCGUUCGCGUUGUUGUUGUUGUCGCCGCCGCUGCGUUGUUUAAUUGAGCCCAACAACAGCACAAAAGUAUCUCAAGUGUGUGAUUGUGAAAGUUCCUGCCAACAAAAAAAACAAAAAAAAAAAAAAUAGUAGACACAAUGUAUGUUAAACGAGCGUUUUUAGUGCUGGCGCUACUCUGCGCGCAGCCCUAUGGCCAUUUGGCUAGCGAGGAUGAGUCGAACCCGCUGCUGGAUAUGGCUUCCAUGUUCAUUCAGGAAGCGCUGUCCAAUCAGAAUGGCGGUGGUGCAGCCGGUGGUGGCGGUGGCGCAGGCGCUGGCCUAGCGGGCGUGGCCUCUCUUGUGGGGAGCUUUAUGCAGGCUAAUGGCAAAUCUGGCGGCGCAGCUGGCGGUGGCGCCAUGCAAAUCUUGUCUGGCUUGGGCAGUCUGUUGGCCAACAAUGCGCGUGGCGGCAAUGCUGCUGGCGGCGGCGGCGGUGGUGGCUUUGAUCCAUCCAUCAUAGGCAAUGUGCUGGAGAUGUUUACUCAAAGCGAUGAUGAUGAGUCUGAUGGCGCGCAGAAGCGCAGCAACUCCGGCGGCAGCGGCUCUGGCAUUGGCUUGGACACCAUUUUGCAGGUGGCCUCGGCUUUUAUGAACACACAGGGAGGCGGUGAGAAAACUGCAACGACUACGCAUCAUCAACAAAAGCGCGCCACAGAGCAGGAGCCAGAAACGGAGAAUGGGUUCAUGAAUCUGUUGCCAUUGAUAAUGCAGGCUGUUAGUUCUUUUGCUGGUCCCGAGGGUCAGCACACACAGGAGCGCCACAAGAGUCAUGCCUGGGUGUUGCCGCCCUUCUUGGAGCACAUUCAUGUGCUGUGGGAUCAUUUCUCCAACUCGGAGCUGGCUGAUGCACUCUAUGAAAAAUCAGGUGUUAACAAGAUCAUGAAGGGAUUCAAGGGACGCGAUGGCAAAGUGGACUAUGACAAGCUCUUCGAGUCGCUGAACAAUCAAUCCUUCCGUCGUCGGUGGAUUAAGUCCGCCACACUAUAUCUAGCCGAUUGGGCCAGCUACUUUGCUAAUCCCGAGAACUAUCUAAGAUAUUUCCAGACAGCACAGAUCAUGUUUAAUGGCCUUUUGAAGAGUCAAGGUUAUCCCAGACAAACUCACUUCGAUCCAGCACGCCCAAGCGAGACAAUUUCCAAUCUAUUGGACCACGUUGCCAAACACCAUUUGAAUGUGAAAAUCGAUUCGCGUCAGUACGUUAAACCAGCUGUUGGCUACGCUAAGGAACUGCUUAAACUGGGCCAAGCACGUGGCCUGCUGCAGUUCAAUGCCACUGAGAUCAGUGAUAGAUUAACGGAUACACUAAAUCUGGAGGUUAUCGAACCGGUGCUAAAAGUACAUCGCGCCUACAGAUACAUCUCGAAGACACCGCAAUGCGAUCGGUAUGUGCUCUGCCAGCUAAAUGCAGCUGCUUUGGAGCAACAAGAGCAACAGCAGCAGCAGCAGCAAUCGAUACAGAGAAACUCAGCAACGUCGGCUGGCGGCUUGAUGGCCGGCGUUAGUCCGAAAAUUGUUAAGAUCGGUAGCAUGGGUGCAGCGAUCUUCAUUAGCACUGAAACCGGUACACCAUUCUGGACGCUAUUUGGUGUAAUCAAUGCGCCAUAUAAUUGCGAGACAAAAUUCCCAGUUGACUGCAAUGGCUUCCAUGAGGGCGAGGCUAAGGUGACCACGGAAUAUAUUCACAACGAAUUGUAGUUGCGCAUAUCCAAGCCCCAAACUAGCGAUGACUGUUAAGUGUGCUCAUUUAAGACGAUUUAGCUGUAAUUGAAAUAAAGAUUUCAUUGUGUACAUAGUAUUACGAAUU